UUGGUGCUGUAGUGUGUGUAGUGUAUCAUGAUGAUGUAAUUUGUAAUGUGCUCUAUCAUUGUUGUUCGUUGAAGUUAGACGUCGUGAAUGUAAAGAAUUAAAAAUUUUGUGAGGUUAAUUCGAUACUCUGAAACCUCAACAACCUUGCGGAAGUGAACAGAAGAGAAAUAAAGGAACUUGUAUGCAAAUAUUUUGUUGUGGUUGUUUACUAUGUACUCAGUCUUCUUGAGGAGAGCAGCAGAAAUUGCAUUAGCAACAAAACAGAAACAAGGGCUGUGUCAGGUAGCCAUGAUAACUACAGCUGCAGAAGAACAGAGGACACAGUUUGAGGCACUAAAUGUUACUGUGCCAAAUCCAUUUGUUUACCAUGUUGAACUUAACAGACCUAAGAAAUUAAAUGCAAUGCAUAACACUAUGUGGAUAGAAAUUGGAAAGUGUUUCACAGAGCUUGGAAAUGAUCCAGAUUGUCGAGUUAUUGUACUGUCUGGUGCAGGAAAAGUGUUCAGUGCUGGCAUUGACCUGGCUGAUGCAGCUCAGUUGGGUACAAAAUUAGGUGAGCAUGAAGAUGUCGCAAGGCGAUGCAAAAUUCUGCAUGAUACCAUUAAAUUAUAUCAAGAUGCAAUGACAUCUCUUGAAAAGUGCCCCAAGCCAGUAAUAAGUGCAGUUCAUAAUGCAUGUAUUGGAGGUGCAGUGGACUUAAUCACAGCAGCUGAUAUAAGAUAUUGCACUAAUGAUGCAUGGUUCCAGGUUAAAGAGGUUGAUACAGGAUUAGCAGCAGAUGUGGGAACCUUGCAGAGGUUACCUCGCGUGAUUGGCAGUGAAAGUCUAGUUCGAGAGCUGGUUUUUACGGCCAGAAAAAUGAUGGCUUCUGAAGCCAAGGAAUGUGGUUUUGUCAGUAAAGUGUAUGAUGGCAAGGACAGUAUGCUGAAAGGAGCAAUAGAAGUGGCUACUGAUAUCGCAGCCAAAAGUCCAGUUGCUGUCCAGGUAGCAAAAAGGAGUAUUUUAUACUCAAGAGACCACAGUGUUCAAGAAGGUCUUGAUCAUAUACGACUUUGGAACAUGACCAUGGUUCAGAGUGAGGACUUCAUGAAUGCCGCUGUAGCACAAGCCACCAAAAGUAAUCCUCCAACAUUUUCCAAGCUUUGAAGUGAUUGGGUAUAAUGUGUAUAAUAUUAAUCAGGUGUUAGUGCAGAGUCUUCUGGAAAAUGGUGUAUAAUUUUGCACAUUUCACAAUUUAUUGAAUGCUUAUUUCACUUAAUUUGAAGGGAUCAACUUGCCAGUAUAAUUUAUAUGUUAAAAUAAGACAUGUUAUUAUCAUCUAAGUAUAUCUAGUUCCUUUUCUUGUGCUGAUUAAAUGCGUACAGUUAAAAUCAUAUGACAUGUUUCAGUCAUAAAUGAAAUCUUCAGGGGGAUACCAGAUAUUAAAGGAUAUUUUACAAUUUACAUAUGUGAAUAAAAGAUUUAAAAUGUCUAUCACAAUAUUUUUAUAAUCAGUUAAAACUAAUAAAAUAUUAAAGUUUAUUGAUGUGAACUUUCUUGAUAACUGGUGUGUCGUACUGUAUUGUGUGUUGCUCAUUUUUUUACAUUGUCUGAUGUAAUAUAGAGGUGUGAAGUUUGAA